CUCGCAGAACUGCAGGCACCCGGCCGGCUCAGCCUGCGCCGGGCCGCCUCGCUAGCUCCGGGCUCGGCAGGCGGCCCGCGGGGUUCUGGAUUUCUGCGCCCUCAGACCGAGGCCAAGCAAGGCAGGCGCUGACCUGAGGCUCGGAGGCCCGCAAGACCUUCGGUCAAGGAGAGGAAAUGCAGACAUAGAGGGUCCUGACCCCAGAAACGGACCAGGAGGUUCCUGCUCGCCUGUGGUGUGACAGUUCCCCAGCACUUUAUGCUGACUCCCGUUGACCCCUCCACACCACUGCUCCACACAGCUCCCAAACCAUGGGAGAGAAUGAAGAUGAGAAGCAGGCGCAGGCCAGCCAGGUCUUCGAGAACUUUGUGCAAGCUACCACAUGCAAAGGGACCCUCCAGGCCUUCAACAUCCUCACCUGCCUCCUGGACCUAGAUCCGCUGGACCACAGGAACUUCUACUCCCAGCUCAAGUCCAAGGUGAACACCUGGAAGGCCAAAGCCCUGUGGCACAAACUGGAUAAGCGUGGCUCCCACAAGGAGUACAAGCGAGGAAAGGCCUGCUCGAACACUAAGUGUCUCAUUGUCGGAGGAGGACCGUGUGGCUUGCGCACUGCCAUUGAACUUGCCUACCUGGGAGCCAAAGUGGUUGUCGUGGAGAAGAGGGACACCUUCUCCCGGAACAAUGUGUUGCACCUCUGGCCCUUCACGAUCCAUGACCUGCGGGGCCUGGGGGCCAAGAAGUUCUAUGGGAAAUUCUGUGCUGGCUCCAUCGACCACAUCAGUAUCCGUCAGCUGCAGCUCAUCCUGUUCAAGGUGGCCCUGAUGCUGGGGGUGGAGAUCCAUGUGAAUGUGGAGUUUGUGAGGGUUCUAGAGCCUCCUGAAGACCAAGAAAAUAAAAAAGUUGGAUGGCGGGCAGAAUUCCUCCCUGCAGACCACGCCCUGUCUGACUUUCAGUUUGACGUCAUCAUCGGUGCUGAUGGCCACAGGAACACGCUAGAAGGCUUCAGGAGGAAGGAGUUCCGAGGGAAGUUGGCCAUCGCCAUCACUGCCAACUUCAUAAACAGGAACAGCACGGCUGAGGCCAAGGUAGAGGAGAUCAGUGGUGUGGCCUUCAUCUUCAACCAGAAGUUCUUUCAGGACCUGAAGGAAGAAACGGGGAUUGAUCUCGAGAACAUUGUUUACUACAAGGACAGUACCCACUACUUUGUCAUGACAGCCAAGAAGCAGAGCCUGCUGGACAAAGGCGUCAUCCUUAAUGACUACAUUGACACAGAGAUGCUGCUGUGUUCGGAGAAUGUGAACCAAGACAACCUGCUCUCCUAUGCCAGAGAAGCCGCUGAUUUUGCCACCAAUUACCAGCUGCCAUCCUUAGACUUUGCCAUAAAUCACAAUGGGCAGCCUGACGUGGCCAUGUUCGACUUCACCUCCAUGUAUGCCUCAGAGAAUGCAGCACUGAUGCGUGAGCGCCAGGCACACCAGCUGCUCGUGGCUCUCGUGGGCGAUAGCUUGCUUGAGCCAUUUUGGCCCAUGGGCACAGGCUGCGCCCGAGGCUUCCUGGCAGCCUUUGACACAGCAUGGAUGGUGAAGAGCUGGGACCAGGGCACCCCUCCCCUAGAGCUGUUAGCUGAAAGAGAGAGUCUUUACCGGCUGUUACCUCAGACAACCCCAGAGAACAUCAACAAAAAUUUUGAGCAGUACACAUUGGACCCAGCCACGCGGUACCCAAACCUCAACCUGCACUAUGUCAGGCCUCACCAGGUGAAGCACUUGUAUAUCACUAAGGAGAUGGACCGCUUCCCUCUCGAGGGAUGGGGCUCAGUGAGGAGAUCUGUCAGCCUCUCCAGACGGGAGUCAGACAUCCGGCCUAACAAGCUCUUAACCUGGUGCCAGCAGCAGACCAAGGGUUACCAGCAUGUCAGAGUCACCGACCUGACUACAUCCUGGCGCAGUGGCUUGGCCCUGUGUGCCAUCAUCCACAGCUUCCGGCCAGAGCUGAUCAACUUUGAUUCGCUGAAUGAAGAUGACGCUGUGGAGAACAACCAACUGGCAUUUGAUGUGGCCAAGCGUGAGUUUGGGAUCCUGCCUGUGACUACAGGCAAAGAGAUGGCAUCUACCCAGGAGCCCGACAAGCUCAGCAUGGUCAUGUACCUCUCCAAAUUCUAUGAGCUCUUCCGGGGCACCCCACUGAGACCCAUGGAUUCCUGGCGUAAAAACUAUGGAGAAAAUGCUGACUUUGGCUUGGGCAAAACAUUCAUUCAGAAUAACUAUCUCAACCUCACAUUGCCCAGAAAGAGGACCCCUCGGGUAGACACCCAGACUGAAGAGAAUGACAUGAACAAGAGGAGGCGGCAAGGCUUCAACAACCUGGAAGAGCUGCCUGCCUUCUCCAGCCGUAGCUUGGGCUCCAAUCAAGAGUAUGCUAAAGAAAGUGGCAAUCAGAACAAAGUCAAGUACAUGGCCAAUCAGCUGCUAGCCAAGUUUGAGGAGAACACUCGGAACCCUUCAGCUCUGAAACAGGACUGCCGCCGAGUCACAGGCCUCAGCAAGCCUGUCCUGUGCUCUGCCUCUCGCCCUCCUGGCACCUCUCGCUGCCCCAAGCUGGAGGAGUCCACUCCUGGCCUUCCACCUCCUCUGAAAAGGCAGUUCUCCUCCACGGUGGCCACAGGACAGGUGCUCAGAGAACUCAAUCAAGUACCUGGUAGUGGCGAGGGCCCCAGCAGACCCUGGAGAGCCAGGGCUAAGUCAGACCUGCAACUGGGUGGGGCUGAAAAUCUCGCCACCCUGCCUCCUACCUGCCAAGGGGCACUGGCCCUGUCCGGGGUGCUUCGGCGCCUACAGCAAGUAGAAGAAAAGGUUCUUCAGAAGAGGGCCCAGAACUUGGCCAACAGGGAAUUUCACACAAAGAACAUUAAAGAGAAGGCAGCUCACCUGGCCUCCAUGUUUGGACACGGGGAUUUACCACAGGAUAAACUCCUAUCUAAACGCCCGCCUCACGCUCAUCCUUCAUCUCCUCCCUCUUGCCUUCCGUCUCCUCAUCCAGCUGCUGCUUCCUCUCCACCCGCUGCCGACUCUGUUUCUCCUGCCAGAAAGCUGACAGUAGGGAAAGUAUCCAGCGGAAUAGGGGCUGCAGCUGAAGUGCUGGUCAAUCUGUACUUGAACGAUCACAGACCUAAGACACAGGCCACCUCUCCAGACCUGGAAUCUCUGAGAAAGGCGUUCCCCCUGAGCCUGGGCGGCAGAGACACCUGCUACUUUUGUAAGAAGCGUGUGUACGUGAUGGAGCGCCUGAGUGCAGAGGGCCACUUUUUCCAUCGAGAGUGCUUCCGGUGCAGCGUCUGCACCGCCACCCUGCGCCUGGCUGCCUACGCCUUUGACUGUGAUGAAGGCAAAUUUUACUGCAAGCCCCAUUUUGCUCACUGCAAAACCAGCAGCAAACAGCGGAAGAGGCGGGCAGAGUUGAAUCAGCAAAGAGAGGAGGAAGGAACAUGGCAGGAGCAGGAAGCACCUCGGAGAGACGUUCCCACGGAAAGUUCUUGUGCGGUGGCGGCCAUCAGCACGCCAGAAGGCAGCCCCCCAGACGAGCCCAUCUCUCCCAAGAAACCAAAGAGUGUCCCUGAGCCCAACCCCAGAGUCACGGAAGCUGAAGCCACCUCUCCUCGGCCGUCUGAAUGGACUUCAGUGAGGAUCGGCCCUGGGGAGGAUCCAGUCGGGCAGGAUGUGCUGGCUGUACGUGUCCUAGUCACCAGUGAAGACAGCAGCUCUGAUACAGAAUCCGACUGUGACAGCAUCGUAGGCCCCUGUGCAGCGGCCUGUAAACAAAGACCCCAGCUUCCAGAAUCCCCACGUCUGUCAAAGCCCCUAACCCGGCACAUCUCCCUGCGGGAGACCCUGACCCAGCCAGGCUCUCAACGGCUACACCACCAAGAGCCACAAGCUAUGCCUGCUCUGCAGCGGGCCCACAGCCUCCAGUGUCCAACUUCCAGCAAAUACCAGAACUGGAGAGGAAGAUUCCAGUCCAAUUUAACACCCAUGAACCAAAGAGCACUGUCGCCUCCAAAGGAACCUCCUCCCCCCGCUCCAUCUUUGUCUUCUUCACCUUCCCUGUCAUCUUCAUUUUCUUCAGCCAGUGUACCUGGGCACACUACAGACAAUUCCUCCUCUCCUCAGGUGCCAGCUUGCAACCUCCACUCCCCGCAGACCUCCAGAGACAAUGUCAACCCCACUCCAAUCUACCUCAGACGUGCCAGGGCUCAAGGGAUUGUGAAGGAACUGCCCCUCUAUCUGCCUCAUAGCCCCAUGCUGGAGAGCACAGAACACUGCCUGGUGGGACCCAGUGGAGAAGGCCUCAGAAGCCCUGAGGAGAUUUCAACUUCUGAGGGCCGCCAGGAAGCACAGGCUCUUGGGAACACCAAAAGCAUACACCAAGAUUCCCACCCCAUUGCAGGGAAGGACCAGUAUUUGCCCAAUCAAAACCUAGCUCUUGGCACUGCAGGGAACCUAGGAGACUUGAAUGAGGAAUCCAGGACAGGACAGCCAGGUGGACCAGAGCUGUUCAAAGAAAGGAAGUUGGGCUUGAAGAAAUUAGUCCUCACUGAGGAGCAGAAGACUAAGUUGCUAGACUGGAGUGACCAUUCCCAGGAGCCCAAGGCUGGGGAGCGGCUCUCCCAGGAAAGCGCUGAGAACAGCAAAGGCGGUAGCCUGAAGCCAGCCUGCUCCUCUACACUCUCUCAGGCAGUAAAAGAGAAACUGCUAUCCCAGAGAAAGGCCCUGGGGGGGAUGCGUACCCCAGCUGUCAAGGCGCCUCAGGAGCGAGAGGUGCCUCCACCCAAGUCCCCCCUGAGGCUCAUAGCAAAUGCCAUCCUUAGGUCUUUGCGCCCCAAUUCUGAAGCUGGAAAGAAGACCAGCCCUAAACCAGAGUCCAAAACUUUGCCAAGGGGCCAGCCACAUGCUGUUACUCGUUCAUUUAGCCUCCGCAAACUGGGUUCCAGUAAAGACGGGGACCAGCAGUCUCCAGGGAGACACGUGGCCAAGAAGGCUUCAGCCUUCUUCUCUCUGGCUUCUCCAACAUCUAAGGCUGCCCAGGCCUCAGACCUCAGCCCUCCCGACCCCAUCCUCCGUAGCCGGAGUUUGCCCAGUCGUCCAUCCAAGAUGUUCUUUGCAACCACAUCUGUACCACCACACAGCAAGAUUGAAGAUGUCCCCACCCUCCUGGAGAAAGUGAGUUUGCAGGAUGUCACUCACAGUCCAAAGAAAGGAGCCUCAGAUAUUUCCUCCCUUGGCCUCAAAGACAAAUCCUUUGAGAGUUUUCUCCAGGAAUGCAAACAAAGAAAGGACAUUGGGGACUUCUUUAAUAGCCCCAAAGAGAAGGGGCCACCAGGGAACAGAGUCCCAUCCUUGGAGAAGCUGGUACAGUCUGUUGGCAGUACUCCCACGGGGCAGGUGCCACAUCCUUCUUCCACAGGGCAAGAUGCACGCCCUGGAACUCCAGUGACAGAGGCCACCUCUUCUCCCACCUCAUCCUCUGCAGAGGAAGAUGACUCCCUUCUUUCCUCAGGGAUAAAGGAGAAGAUACCCAGAAGAAGAAGGAAGCUGGAGAAGCAGUUAGUUAAGCAAGAAGAAUUGAAAAGACUCCAUAAGGCUCAGGCCAUCCAGAGACAGCUGGAGGAGGUGGAGGAGCGGCAGAGGAUGUCAGAGAUCCAGGGCGUGAAGCUGGAGAAGGUGCUGAGAGGAGAAACAGCAGAUUCAGGGACACAGGACGAAGCCCAGCUUUUGCAGGAAUGGUUUAAGCUGGUCCUGGAGAAGAAUAAAUUAAUACGAUAUGAGUCGGAGCUACUGAUCAUGGCCCAAGAACUAGAACUAGAAGAUCAUCAGAGCAGGCUGGAGCAGAAACUACGACAGAAAAUGCUCAAGGAUGAGGGCCAGAAAGAUGAGAAUGAUCUAAAGGAGGAGCAAGAAAUAUUUAAGGAGAUGAUGCAGGUGAUUGAGCAAAGAAACAAGCUCGUGGAUUCCCUAGAGGAACAGCGUGUCAAAGAAAGAACCCAAGACCAACACUUUGAAAACUUUGUUCUCUCCAGAGGCUGUCAGCUCAGCAGGACUUAAGGUGCCCUUCCCCACUGAUGCCAGAGAGCCAAGAAUACCACACUUUCCCACCCAGUCACUGAAUUUAGAGCCUACUGCUUAAAUAAUAAUAAUAAAAAAAAUGUUUCUUUUAUGAGCUGCA